CAGCCAGCACUCCAGCGCGGGAGGCAGUUGGGACUUCGUGUGACGUCACGGCGCACUCUUCGAUACGCGAUGCAGAGUAGGGGAGGCGGGGGACGAGAGCGGCUGCCAGGAACCACAAUGCAGGACAACAUCAAAUUUGCUUCAGCUGGUGAUGAUAUUAAAAUAUGGGAUUCCUCAUCCAUGACUGUGGUGGAGCAAUUCAAUCCACACAGUACUACACAUCCUGUAUCGUCUCUGUGUUGGACUAGUAACAAUCAUUUUCUGGUCACUGCUUCUGGCAGUGGUGAUAAAAUUGUUGUUUCAAGUUGUAAGUCCAAACCUGUUCCUCUUCUGGAGUUAGCAGAGGGGAAAAAGCAGACAUGUGUGAAUCUCAACUCCAGUUCCCAGUAUGUGGUCAGUGGAGGCCUCGAUAACACUGUGAACAUCUGGGAUUUAAAAUCUAAAAGACUACACCGCUCUUUGAAGGAUCACAAAGAUGAGAUAACUUCAGUUACGUUUAAUGGGAAUGACAACUAUAUUGCCUCAGGCUCUAUGAGUGGUGAAAUAAUAUUGUAUAAUGUUACUACCAAUGUAUCCAGUGCACCUUUUGGUCAUGGCAGCAGUCAGCCUAUUCGACAUUUGAGAUACUCUAAUGUAAAGAAAUUUCUACUUGGUGCAGCAUCAGAUAGUGGCAGCGUGACACUGUGGGAUGCCCACAGCCAGAGUCCAGUACAUAUGUUUGAAAGCACUCACAAGGCCCCAGCAUCAGGAAUCUGUUUCUCUCCAGUAAAUGACCUGUUGCUUGUGACCAUUGGAUUAGAUAAAAGAGUUAUUUGUUACGAUGUGUCAAGCAAAAUGCUUCUCCAGACAGUAGUAGCUGAAUCACCUCUGACUGCCGUAGACUUCAUGCCUGAUGGAGCAACACUGGCAGUUGGUUCUUCACGUGGAAAGAUUUAUCUUUAUGAUUUAAGAAUGUUAAAUUCUCCAAUCAAAACUGUGAAUGCCCACAAAACAUCUGUACAAUGCAUUCAGUUUCAGCACACCAGUACUUACAAAACUAGCAAAAGUUCAAGUAAAUCUUCCUUGGUUUCCUCAAAUGUAGCAAAGAAGGCCUCUACUAAAUUAACUGCUGCUGUUAGUGGAUCUCACCCGAUAGAAGAUUUACCAUCUAGUUUAAUACCACCAGCACUUCCUCAGGCAACCCUGACAUCGGAUAGUAGAGGAUCUGAAGCAAAUGACAAACCUGGUAUUCCACAUAGUACAAGUCUUGAUGUGAUACCAUCAAAAGAAACAGACUUCGCUAAAACAGACUCAAAAGCAAUUGAUUCUUUUGGAAGAAGUAGUCUAGGGGACAUAUUCUCUCCAGUUCGUGACGAUGCCUCACACUACAGAGUAAUGGAAGAGUUUGCAUCUAAAGGAAAUGACUUUGAUUACUUGGCUCAGUUCAGUGCAAUACCUGCUUCAAGACGACAUCCUGUAGGGACCAGUAACCAAGGGAUGCAUUCCUCUCCUUUACACUUAAUUAUUGGAAGUCCCAUUAAAGAAGAAGAUGAGCCCCAAGAUGUGGAGCUUAAAACAAAAAAAACAUAUACUGUUAAACAGGAAUCAAAAGAGAGCGUUAAACAGCCUUUAAAACCAGCUAGCACUGAACACAUUACCAUUAAUACUUCACCUGUACCAAUUUCCCGAAGACCAGACACAGCUGAAAGAGUGGGAACCCAAGCUCUGUCCCAGAUAAAGCAAGACUUUUCAGUUAAUGGCACUAAAGUAUUAAGUCCAAAGAUGCCUAGUUCUGAAGUUGCCUGUUCCCUGUCAGAAAAAAUAGCAGAUUCAUUGGCAAGUGAGAAAUCUGGAGCCCCGCUAACAUCUGUUCAAAUUAACUUUAUUAGAAAUAUGAUUGAAGAGACCCUUGAUGACUUCAGGGAAGCAUGUCACCGAGAUAUUAUCAAUUUACAAGUGGAGAUGAUAAAACAGUUUCACAUACAAUCGAAUGAAAUUCAAAUGUUACUUGAAAGAUACUCAGUAAACGAAAACUUAGUUGCCGAGAUAGAAAAGCUUCGGGAAGAGAAUAAAAGGUUAAAAGCUCACUAUUAAGACAGUGGACUUUAUGCUGAAGGAGUAUUUUAAGUGCUUUUUCAUAAAUGUUUGUCAUAUUGAUAAGAUUACUUUUUUGACAGUAUUGUCAUCUAGUGUUUUUAACGCGCAAGGGUUGUCACCUUUUGGGCAUAUUUUUAAUCAGGGGUGAACUGUCUUUGGGCAAGAAACACUGUAUCCUAGAAUGAAAUUCACUGGAAGAAGCAGCUGGCUAGGUCACAGCAAGCUCACCCACAAUACCUUCCAUUGUCAUGGGUCAAUAUCCCUCCCCGCAACAAAAUAAUGCAUUAUGGAUUCACAGAACAGGUAUGUUUGUCGUGAGCUAGACAUCUGUUCCCUCUAAGAAAUCAAUGAGCAUGUCAAUGGGAGUGUUCCUUGUCUUCUGGUUAUCUGCUCUCCUGUCUAGAAAAUAGGACAUGGAAGCGGUGACAUCCCUUACCACACAUUAAACACUUGAGAUCUGCACAUGAUAAAUGUUCCACUUGUCUAAUGGUCUGGCAUUCUAAACAGAAUUAUAAACUAAAGCAAUAAGUGAUGUUCCACAGGUUUGAGAUUUACAAUAAUGUUGACAUAUACCAUAAAUGGCUUAAUUAACUACCUAAGUGCCUGUUUUUUAUAUUCACUAUGGGCUCAAUUUAGUUAGCAUUUUUAAAACACAUAUUCUUGUCAGCAUUGUGGUUGUUAAUGGGAUGAUUAUGUUUCAUAGUAUAUUUAACAUAGAUGCUUUUCAUUUUUUAUGGAAUAAAUCAUUUAGUAACAUUUUUCUAAAUGUGUAUUUAUUAAGAUAAUAAAGUUAAGGCUUUGUGUAUUUGCAACAUUACAAAAUGAAUGUUGUUUUUUUGUUUGUAUUUUUAACUGUAGUAAGCUAAACUUGGCGCUUUUUGUUUUGUAUUUUUAUUUUGGCGUGAAGCUGUCUUGUUAGAGUUCUAAUGAACUUAAUUUUAAACCUUUAUUUCAGAUCUGAUAUGGAAAGUAAUUUUAUUUAAAUCAUAAAUAUAAAAGCCGUUUUAAUCCUCUUCAGCACUACAUCAAUAUUAUGUAAUAAGAGAAGAAACGGUGCUGUGGCUAAGUCUGAUUGAUGUCUAGUCAAGCAUGAUAACAAAAAUUAAAAGGUGUACCUAGAGAAUCACGGUGCCUUUAUACUGAUAUUAAAUCAUUGAAUGAUUUAAUGACCUUGAAUUUUAAUAAAUUUCUUUU